GAGAGCAGCAGUCUGGAAGUGCGUAUGUGAUACAUGGCACCGUUGGGAGACAGGGAGCAUUGUCUGUUUCGGAACUAGUAGUCCGCGUAAGUCCUUUGCCCACUUUCAAAUUCUACAUCGGACGUCUUUGUUUAGCCGGGACUGGGAAAAUAUCGCGUAGUUUUUACAUCCUUCAGGAUAGCUUGAGGUUUGGAAUAGUAGUAUUGCCAAAAAGUUUGCGAUCUUCGCCACUUUUCUCCUCAAGGAAGUGCAAACUUCUCCUCCUCAAGGAUGGUGUGGGGGUAGUUAUAUGGAGUUUGAGUUGGAACUGGGAGCAGUUUUUGAACGGAUAAAGGUGGGAAACACAAUUGAAAAACUUUCCCUUGUUCCCCGCGGAAGAACGAGGCGGUAACUGGGUUGGAUUGUUAUAAAGUGAUCUUGACGCACGGUCUGCGCACGCAAAGUAUAAAUCUAAGAUGCGCCUGUUGAGCACAUCGUGCGUGUGUAAACGCGGAGAAAUGCGAGGGAGAACACAGAAGUCCGCUAUGAUGCAUUUACUUUUCCUGCUUGCGGUCGUAGGCCAGCUGUCCUGCCAAAACUGUCCGGACAAAUGCAUGUGCUCCAUGCAAACUGUAAAAUGCCAAAACCAGGACUUGGACGCGAUUCCGCAUUCUUUACCGGCCUACACCAAAGUCCUAUUCGUCACAGGAAACAACAUUUCCCGUAUUAGCGUGAACUCUUUCCCAACCCGCCUGGAACAAUUAACAGAUCUCUAUCUCAGUGGGAAUGAGAUGGAGUAUGUGGAUGAAAACACAUUUGACAACUUGCCAAACCUCGUGCGGCUGGACCUGAGCAACAACAAAUUCCAGAAUAUCAGUCUAAAACCUUUCCCUGAUGACAACAAAUUACAGUUCUUGAACCUCAGCAGGUCUGUUCACAAUCAUUCCUUCAUAGAUGAUGUCUUCAGUUUCCUGCAGAGUGGAAACCUCCACCAGCUUAAAGCCAUGGACCUGUCCAACAAUGACCUUGUGUUCCUUCCAGACGACAUACUCACCAGCCUCUCCAACCUCGUCAACCUCAGCCUGCAAAACAGCUCCAUCAUCGCCAUCCAGAACGGGACGCUGAAGAUGCCGCCUCUACAGGACCUCGACCUGAGGGACAACGGCUUCAGGUAUCUCCCCACCACCACCCUGGCAGAGUUCAGCCUCAAGCCUGAGCUCCACAUUCGCUUGGCGGGGAACCCCUGGCACUGCAACUGCCUCAUCGAGGACAUGCUGCUGUGGCUGAAGAACUCCACUCAGGUCACUGACAUGCAGAACCUGACCUGUGCAGACCCAAAGGGCCUGAGACGCCAGCCGCUGGUGCAGGUCGAGCAGUCACAGCUGAAGUGUUUGGGCGACUUGGAGGGCGUGCUGGAGACUUCGUAUGUUUUCCUGGGGCUGGUGCUGGCCCUGAUCGGCGUCAUAUUCCUGCUGGUGCUCUACCUGAACAGAAAAGGUAUCAAGCGGUGGAUGUACAACAUCCGGGAUGCUUGUAGGGACCACAUGGAGGGCUACCAUUACAGGUAUGAGAUCAACUCUGACCCACGUUUGGCCAACCUGAGCAUCAAUUCAGAUGUGUGAGCAAGGAUUGGACACUAUCUGGGACCCCGCAGUGAGAUAUUAAAAUGACUUUAUACUAUUAAGAUUUGCAUGAGAGUCUUCCUCCCAUUACCCUUUUCCCCCAUGAUGCCAUUCAGAUUUUACAUCUGUCAUGGCUCCUAAUUAACCCUUCUUAACCACUGCCGCAUGUCCUAUACAAGUACCCGGCAGCUGUGAUGUCAACUGCGUUUUUUUUUCCCCUGUGUAACAUUGCAUGGACAAUGAAUCAUGGCAAAGGGUUGGAAAGAGUGAUAUGUUCUAUUUUUACUUUUCCUAGAGGAUAAAUGGAUGGAAUACACUGACUUUUAAAUAAGACGUGAAAGAAUACCUUAAAAAAAACCAAACACGUACUGCUGGUCAUUGCAACCUUCUCAUUAUGCCUCUGCUGCAGAGAAAUGCCGUACUGCUUGUCUGUGAGUUUGUUCUUUUUAAUAUGUGAAUUUGUGAUAUACAGUAUAGCUUCUUUGAAUGAUUAUAGUGCACAUUGCAUAGUUUUUGGAUUUAGUAGGUGGAUGUAAUUUCUCUUUUUUUUUUUUUUUCUUGUGAAGACAUUCAGCUGAAUAAAAUGCCUCUGGAAUGCUGGUAUCUGUCUCGA